AGUCAAUGCCGUCCGCAGGCCUGCAGGGCACUCACCGAAAGACGCUCGCGGUCAAGCACCAGGAUGGCGAGCCCCUCACUCGAGUAGAUCUACAAUAUGACCUCCUUUAUUAUCUCUUCUCCGACUCCCGCAACGUCUUUACCGACCCUUACCCAACCCUCCAUGGCGAACCAGCUGGCACUAAGGUCACUUUCCGCGACCUCUACGUGAAUACCCUCCUGCAUUCGUCACGAUGUUCGAAGGUGUCCCGCGACAAGCUGCAAGAUAACGCAAGCUUUGCGGACGAAUUUGCCAAGAUAUCUAUAUUGUCCAAUGUUGGUCGUAUCAACACCACUAUGGCCUUCUUCCCCGAGAUGCGUACAGCCUUGAGGACCUACCACCCGGUACCAUCUCUCCAGAAGACCGACGGGAAUCUUCAGGACGCGCCUCGGAUAAAGAAUAUCCUCAAGUCUUGCCUCCUCCCCACGGAGCUUCAGAAUAGACCUACCACGCCUUCGGAAAUUCUGAAUCGAUCCAGAUCGGGAAUCGUGCCUCCCACCACUAUCGUUAACCUUAUAUUUAUAUUUUCCAGCCACGCCCCACUCAUAUCCCAAACACAUUUCACCUCAGACACGGAACUAGAUUUCCUGGACUUCUUCUCGCCUGUGAACGUCUCCUCGGAGUCCCGGGCUCGUGCUUUGUUAUGGCUGUGCCACCAUUACUACGAGGGCACAACGCCCAAUCCUUUUGACGCCCCGAAGUCUCACAAGAAGCCGGGUAUAAUACCCCCGUUGGAAUUCCUGUCUGCUGAAGAAGCUGCACUGGAAAAUGUGGAUACUCCUGAAGAAAAGGAAUGGGGCGAGAAGAUGACAGCCCAACGGAAGAUCUUUAUGGAGAACAAGGACAAGCUCGACAAGCUCGACGAGACUCAGGACGAAGAAAUUCAGAAAGAGCGAGGUGGUAAGCGUGGCGGUCGAAGUCGAGGUCGGGGCGUGCGCAGAGGCAAGGCGCAGACGUCCCGAUUGUCGAUGAAAGCUUCGUCAAAGGCUUUGAGUAGGCAAGGAUCGUCGCCUGACAGUUCCAACUCGUCAGGUCGCAUUUAUGACGCAGAUAAUGCGCCGGACGAGCUGCACCGCACAGCCCACUAUCGAUACUCGGCCGAACCCUAUCGUCUCCCGCCCAUCCACCCGCCCAACCCCUCUCCUCCGCCUCUACCACCUCCAGUGCAUGCCUACCACCAUUCUGCCGCGGGUAGCCACCUCUACGGCGACUCCCGUUACGAUUAUAAUCGCAGGCUGAGCUCCCACCCGGCAGCACACCAAUCGUUCCACGGUGGACCCAUACGUAACCACCCACGUACGCCGCACCGCGAUUCUACACUGCCACCUCUGCGCUAUGUCUCUUCAUAUGAAGAAUACAAAGACCCCAGCUCGUCUCGCGAACUGCUGUUUCCAGCUCACUCGCCUCCAUCUACCCAGCGGCCGUAUACCCCUCCCAGAAUUUUUGAGGGCCCUCAGCGCCUUCGCGACUGCCCUCCUACACCUUCAGGAGGCACCCGGAGCAUGCUGGAGCAAGCAUGGCAUGUGAUUAUGACAAACGAUCCUCUGGAAGAUUCCGAAGACGAGAUGGACGAGAACACACGUCUUGACCUCUUGCUUCGUCUCAAGAUCAUUAAUCGGCUGCGUGGGAAAGAGCCUACGCCAGAGCCAGAGCUGUCACCACCAUCGUUCAGUGCGGCAGCAUAAACAUUGACCCCAGGAUUUUCGACUUCUGUUUCACAACAACAACAACAAAUAGUCUAUUCUUUUGUAUAAGUAAUGCCAGUGGCAUCAUACAAGGUGUCUCGGAUGUAAUAUAUACUGUACAGCCCUCUAAGUUUCAAUUGCACCUGGAUGUUUG